AUGGGCCAAUCUAGCGAAAAUGACCUUCUCCAGCAACUACUCGAGAUGAAUUUAGUGCCAAGAAAAAAUGGUACACACAGAUACAACGACACAUCUCUUGCUGAUUUCUCAGAAAUGUGGUAUGGGGUUUUUCUAUGGGCAGCCGUCUCCUCUCUGAUCUUCCACCUGCCGGCAUCUUUGCUCUCGUUCGUUGCACUUAGACAGCACAAAAUGGCCCGAUUCAUGCCCAUCGCCAUCCUCUUAAUGGGCAUCGUUGGACCUGUGGGUGGAGGCGUACUCACCAGUGCAGCCAUAGCAGGCGUUUACAAGGCAGCUGGGAAGAAGAUGAUCUCUCUGGAGGCUUUAUUUUUUGGUGUUGGACAGUCCUUCCUGAUCCUCGUUAUUUCAUUCCUUCGAGUGCUUGCCACACUUUAG